CUGCGGUCUGACAGUUGCACAGCACUUCCGGACCACAGCGGCCGCAGGCACACUGUCCGGGCAGGCCGGGGUGGCGGCUGCCCGGAGUUUGUCCCCAAGGCCCACCCCCUGCCCCUGGUCACUCCAGUUCUGCAGCAUGAGCAGCCCCCCGCCGCCCACAGAGACCCCUGCACCUGACGCCCCCACCUGGACGACUCAGCCUACCUACGGCAACCUCGGUGAGGUCCGCGCCCACCUGCUGCCCUCCAAGGCCUGCCGGCCCCCCCGGAAAUCUGGGUCCUCCUCAGCUGACCCGCAGCCCCUGCCCCCACCCCUGCCCAAGAAGACCCUGUCCAGGACCCAGUCUCUGCCCAGCCACAGGGCCCCCAGCCGCAGCCCUGCUCCGGAAAGGCAGCCCCGGAGGCCCUUUCUGGGGUCCCACAGUGUGGACGAGCGCCAGGCGGAUGACGGCCAAGCUCGGCCAGCCUGUCCCCUUGCAGAGCCGCCCUUCAGCUCCCUCGACACCUCACUGGGCCUCUCCUGGCACGACCUGAAUUGCCCCGAGGCCACGCGCGCCGUCCUGGAGGCCCGGCAGCUGGAGGGUCUCCGCACUGUGCACUCCCGGCUCGAGGCCCGGCUCCUGGGGGGCCACCCGGGCCCCUGCCACCCCGGCCACGACUUCCGCCUCCUGGACAGCUCGCCCUACGUGGAGAGUGGGGACGCCCUCUACUACCGCGUGGUGCGGGUGGGCGACGAGUCGUGGCACCUCCUGGCGGCCAAGGUGUCCAAGUCGGGAGCGGAGGAGCCUCGCCCGUGGGGCCUGGAGCUGCAGGCCUCACUGCCCCCACACUUCAACCUCCAGGGGCUGUGCGGCCUGGUGCCCGAGGGCGCACUGCCCGGGGUGCCCUGGACGGGCCCCGUGGUGCUGGCGGCCGAGGUGCCGGAGCGCACGCUGACCCAGUGGCUGGCAGAGGUGGGCACGCGGCGGCGGCCGGCGGAGUUGGCCUGGACGGCGGCCCUGCUCCUGCUGCAGCUGAGCGCGGCCCUGGAGCAGCUGGAGGCGCGCGGCGCGGCCCUGGCGGAGCUGCGGCCCGAGAACCUGCUGCUGGCGGCGCCCCGGGGCUGUGCGGCCGCCGCCCCGCGCCUGCUGCUGGCCGACUUCGGCCGCGUCCGCCCGCAGCCGCCGGGAGCCCCGGGCGCCCACGCGCCGCAGCUGGGCCGCCUGCUCCGCACGCUCCUCGGCCUCGCCGCGCCCUCAGCCACGCCCUUGGCCCACGGCCUGGAGACUCUGGCGGCCCGGCUGGCCCGCUCCCGGCCCUCGGCGGCCCAGACGCGCGGCGCGCUGCAGGCGCUGCUCUGGGGGCCCGGGCCCGAUCUGCACCGCCAGGGGGCGCUGCUGGGGCCCUGGCUGCAGGUGCGCCGCGCGCUGCUGGUCCUGCACCUGGCCGAGUGGGCCUCGGGUGGGGAACUGCCCGGCCUGGAGGACUGGCUGUGCUGUGAGUACCUGGCCGAGGCCACGGAGGCCUCGCUGAGCCACGCCCUGGCACUGCUGUGGGACUGACGCCUCCAAGGGCCGCGUGCCUGUCUGUUCGGGGGGGGGGGGGGGGGGGGGGGGGCAGGCACACAGGGGACCUGGGCCGGAAGGCCAGGCGACAGUGAGGGAAUGUGGACGCCUCUUCUGGGGUGCCUGCCCCCUGCCGUGCUGGGGACUUAGGCCCAAGUCGUCCCCAGGAAGGCAGGGGGCUAAUGGCCGGCGCCUCCCGAAGCUUCCUGAUGCUGGACGGCCCAGCCCUCCCCCAGCUGUGAACACUCCCUAUCAACCGUCUCUGUGAGAGGGUGGGACCCCUCCGCCCACCUCCCGGCAGAGGCGAGGAGGAUGCCCUUCUAGUGCUGGAGUCUGAUGGUCACUGUCUUCAUGAGAAGGUGCCCACGGUCCCUCCGUCGCCGGUAGCAGAGGCAUCUCUGGCCCUGGAGCACCCCCUUGUGCUGAGGACGGCCAGUGAUCCUGAGUGUGAACGUCCUUGUCAAGAAUGGCUUAAAAAAAAAAAAAAAAUGGCUUGGGGUCUCCAGGGGGGAGGGAAAGCUCCCCAGAACCUGAGACACCAGCCCACCCGGCAGAGCCCCCCCCAGAGGAGUCUGAACUCACCUGCCCCAAUGCCACCCUGCCAGUCUCUGCACCCGCCGUGGCCCCCUCCCUGGUGCUCCGUGAAAUUAAAUUUUGUCCAGCCA